AAUCCUUAGGUAUUCCCAUAUGUUGUUUAAAUAGUUGCAAUGUUAUUUUAAGUAGGGUGUCUUGGGUAAAAAAUGCCACAGACCAGCAUACGGUGUUGCACGCUCGAUGUGAUUGUCGAGAGUGCGCGAGUAAAGGUUGACAGCGGCGUAUGCGCGCGCUCGCUACACGAGAUUGCGUGUCAGCUCGGCUUCUCUCCACCCUUGAGAUGAGAAGGGGAUAGAGGGUGAAGUACGGGAGUAUUGUUGAUGGAAAUAGACUAGCUUAAAAAACAUAAAUUAGCCACGGGUGAAAGCCUUUUUGAUUCGCAUAAAGGCAGACCAGAGAGGAUCAUACAUUAAAUAGCCUAGCAACCCGAGUUCGAACCGUCAUCGUUGUAUUAACAGCCAAGGUCAGUACACGGAAGGAGCACACAAAACACGUCAUUUAACGGCUUGGCUACUAGGCAGAUUAUUGAAGUCGGGAGACGGAGAAAUCACCAGCAGCAACUGAAGAUGGAGGGGGUGAUGCAAGGGAUGCAAGCUUACGGAGCGGGUAAGGCUGGAGGAGCCUUCGACCCUCUGACGUUCUUUCAGCAGCCUCAAACUAUCCUUCGACUUGUUUGCUGGCUGUUCUCCAUUGUGAUCUUCGGCUGCAUAGCCAACGAGGGCUACGUGAACCGGCCCAAUGAGACCGAGGAGUUCUGCAUCUUCAACAGGAACCAAAACGCCUGUAACUACGCAGUUGGGAUGGGCUCCCUGGCGUUCCUCAGCUGCGCUGCCUUCCUGGCCCUUGAUGUCUAUUUCCCCCAGAUCAGCAGUGUCAAGGACCGCAAGAAGGCCGUGCUCGCCGACAUAGGAGUGUCUGCAUUCUGGUCGUUUGUGUGGUUUGUGGGCUUCUGCUUCCUGGCCAACCAGUGGCAGGUUGCCAAGCUGGCCGACAACCCCCUGAAGGACGGCGCGGAUGCGGCACGGGCCGCCAUCACCUUCGCCUUCUUCUCCAUAUUCACAUGGGCGGUGCAGGCCUUCCUGGCCUAUCAGAAAUACAAGCUGGGGGCCGACUCCGCCCUCUUCUCCCAGGAGUACGUCGACCCCACCGCCGACCCCAACGCCGCUGCCCCCAUGGGCAAUGACUACUCUGGCUACUCAGCGGACAUGGACCCCGCGGCCACCACCGAGCCGGCCUUCGACGGGUCUGCCGGCUACCAAGGCCAGGAAUACUGAGUUAACUAUUUGGGGGGGAGGGGCUCGUUUAUGGGAAAAAUUUAACGGCUCGUGACUAGCCUCGCUGCAGUCAGGUGUGUGUGUGUGUGUGUGUGUGUGGAGUUACAGAAUUGUCUGGGAUCUGGAGGUAGGGUAUAGAGGGAACAAGGGGGGCUUCUCAGAGACCACGGUCGACAUGUGUUUUAGUGUCUGGAACCAGUUUGCCUUCAACACGGGGGGAGUGGGGGGCAAUGUUGUUUGAACACCUCCAUGGGAUCCCACCAAACCAGAACAUAAGUUUUUUUCUGAAGCUUAAUUCACUUGUGCGCAUCCGAGUUCACCCCUUUCCUCCCAAAGUGUGCACCUUCUAGACCUCAUAGUGGAGAAGAUGGGAUUUAGUGUAAGAGCUGGAGUUUCCACCAUGUCUGACGGGAAGAGCACACUUUGGGAAAAGGGUGGAAUGACAUGCAGAGUCUGAACCCAUACCCACUUGUACACAUCAACACACAUUCAAUAAAUUGUAGGGAGACAGUUGGGUUGGGAAUUACACUAUGAACAACACGGGUGGUUGAACUAGGCGUUGGUACCUGAACGACACGGGUGGUUGAACCAGGUGUUGGUACCUGAAAGACACGGGUGGUUGAACCAGGCGUUGGUACCUGAACGACACGGGUGGUUGUACCAGGCGUUGGUACCUGAACGACACGGGUGGUUGUACCAGGCGUUGAUACCUGAAUGACACGGGUGGUUUUACCAGGCGUUGGUACCUGAACGAGACGGGUGGUUGUACCAGGCGUUGGUACCUGAACGAUAUGGGUGGUUGUACAAGGCGUUGGUACCUGAACGACACGGGUGGUUGUACAAGGCGUUGGUACCUGAACGACACGGGUGGUUGUACAAGGCGUUGGUACCUGAACGACACGGGUGGUUGUACAAGGCGUUGGUACCUGAACGACACGGGUGGUUGUACCAGGCGUUGGUACCUGAACGACACGGGUGGUUGUACCAGGCGUUGGUACCUGAACGACACGGGUGCUAUGAAAGGCCACGGCGUCUUGUGGGCGUCAACACUACAGCCUGGACAUUGCAUGAAGACUUACAUUUUUUUGUUGUUGCUUUCUUUGUUUGGUGAAGGUGAAAGGACUCUUUCUACUGUUGGCUGUGGAGGACUGCAUUGUUCAAUGUUUUCCACCAUAUCUAUGCCGACUGAAUGCCCCAGCCAAAACCGGUGUUCACGGUGCUACGUUUCAAAGGACAUCCUGUCUUACUGGACAGGGACAGGAUGUGACAUACAAGAAUGACACAGCCCACAGUAAGCCUCAGUGACGCUGAUUGAGCUGUUACAAACAGACUGCAUCAUCAUCCGUACAAACUCGGAUAUUGUCAUCAACAUACUUGAAUUUGAUAAGUCGCAAAAAAAAUUGUCGAAUUCCUAAACAUUCACUUAGCAAUCACCAAAUUUUAUAAUGAUGGUGCAUAAACACCAAUGAAGAAGAUUAAUUCAUAGCCCUUUGCAGCCAUUUACAAACCACCAUGUUAUAACGUUGACUGCCAACCUAAUGAACACCACUGGCUUGACACUAAUGUAGUAACUGAAAAAGUGUUUGAGCUUAAAAACAAGUGGCCUCAGAAGCUUUUCAUUUAACCUAGGGCUAGAAUACCCGCAGUGGAUUUCAGACUGGUUUAAUUUUCCCAACCAACAGCUGAAGACUUCAGUAAUAUCAAUUUCAAAUGUUCGUAAUGAUCCAUGUGUGACUCCUUUUAUUUUUUUAGUUCAAGGCAAAAUGUGCUAAUGAAAAAACCUUAAUUGUAUAUUUAUUUUUUGAAAAAGUUUGCUAUUUUUAGUAUAUAUAUGUAUAUAUGUGUAUAUAUAUAUAUACAUACACAUACAUAUAUAUAUAUAUAUCUCACAAAUUAUAGGUAUUUAAAACCAGCACAUUUUUAUUUUGUGGAAUAAAAACAUUUGUGAUUAUGAACAAAAUGCAAUUAUAUGUAUGAAAUAUCAUUUUUUAAUACAUUAUUAUUAACCAGACGUAGCUGUGUUAUAAACAAAUAUUGUAUAUUGUACCUAUUAUUUAAAUAACAUAUGUCUAUACAAGUAAGCAUUUAAAGUGUUUGUUCAGUUUUCAUUGUGUGACCUGUGGCAUUGUUUUCUGAAUCAGGAAACAUUCUUUAUCAUGUUUUACUGUUGCUGACCUUUCUAGUGGGGGGGUUGAGUGGUAAAACGUGACAAAAUGGACUAUUAUAUUUAGACAUUGCAUAAAAAAUAUGUUGUCUGUGAGCUACAACGAAAUUGUAUAAAAAGAAUUGUAAUGCCUUUGUUGUGAUGAAUGUUGAUUAAAUUAAUCAGUUAAUUAAUUAAGGAUAUAUGUACCUAAUUAUUUCCUGUUUGUUGCCUGUUCGUAAGAGUAGUUGUGGUGGACUUUUUUCGGGAGACGAUAAAUAAAGCAAAAGCUGUGGACAAUGCAA